CAGCACCACGAACGGCUACACGUGAUUGGUCAGACACGACAUUGUGUAAGUCGGUGUCCCUCGUCCUCCUCGUUGUGUGGAACAUUUGCUGCAGAAAUGCCCACGUCUCCCGUGAAGACGCGGAUCCCCCUCACGAGCUUCGGUCAUCUCAUAACAGAGGUGAAGAGGCAGCUGUUUGGCAUUGAGGCCCCGGCUAAUGUAGAGCUGACUGGUCGGAGGAAAUACUUUAAUAGCUUCACUCUGCAGGGGCGUCGGAAUUGUGUCCUGGCUACUUAUGGAGUCUUGGUCGUAGCGGCGGCUGCCUACAUGAUGCACAGACACACCAAAAAAGAAGCGCCCAGCUCCGCAGCUUGACACGCCGCUGCUUUUAUUUAUUCGCAGAAGGGAACUCUGAAUGUGACACAAAGUGGACACUGUGUCUGAUAGAUAAAUAAAUGUUUGUUCCACAAGGCCA